AUGUGGAAAGUCGGGAAUUCAAAGGUGCGGCUGGGUAGUAGUGCCGGAUCAGUACGUCAGGGGUCCUCCGUCGUCGCACUAGGUGACUCGGCCGGUAUGACCGACCAACAGGAUAACGGCGUGGCUAUUGGUACCGAAGCCGGUUAUGAUAACCAGGGUGAACAAGCCAUUGCCAUUGGGACACGGGCCGGCCGCGAAAAUCAGCACGACAAUACGAUUGUACUUAACGCGUACAGCAGCGCCCUCAACACCCAGCAAUCAAACUCGCUGUGCGUAAAUCCCGUCCGCGAGUCCACCGAUGCGGGCAACCUUGUCCGUUACAACGAGUCUACAUCCGAGAUGGUCCAUGCGCCGAUUGAUACGGUUGUCGACGGUAAAAGUCUUGUUGUGUCCGGCACUGAUUCUAAAAUCGACGCGUUUGUGUUCCAAUCUCUCGUUGAUGCGUUGAUCUCAGACCACAUAUCGACAGGUGACGUGGUCGAGGUUUUCGGCCGCGAGGUCGCGGGUGACGGAUGCAUGCAUGUAAGAAUGUAA